AAGAACACUAGUAGCAUGUUUUCGCUAAAUGAAAAUCGAAAGCAUUUUCUCAGUUUAAUUUUCCUUUUGAUAAUUCUAAUUUCAACCAAUGUUGACGCUGAUGAGAAGAAUAUAAACAAAUUGCUAAACAAUCAAGUAAUUGUUAGUCGUCAGAUAAUGUGUAUUUUGGAAAAAAGCCCAUGUGACCAGUUGGGGCGACAGUUAAAAGCUGCACUUCCAGAAGUUAUAACUAGAAAAUGUCGAAACUGUUCGCCUCAGCAAGCCCAAAGCGCUCAAAAGCUGAUCGCGUUUUUGCAAGCCCGUUAUCCCGAUGUUUGGGCUAUGCUUGUUAGAAAAUAUCAGACUGUCUAAAGUGCAUGCGUAAUAUUAUAUUCCAGUUCUAUGCACAGUAAUAAAAAAUGACUUAACUUAAUAA